UCUCUAUCACACAUCAGACUUUUCCCAGUGGAGCUGGAGAACAGGCUUCAAUGAAAACUGCCUGUUUGCAGCUGUAUGAUUGCAGGCACCACAGUUACUAUUUCCUCUCCCUGACCUGGAGCAGCAACUCCAUCAUCAGGAUAGAAAGGUAGCUUGUUGCCUAGCAAAGGUGGGAUGAUUUAUCUGUGUGUCUAGAUUGGUCCCUUUGCUGCACAAGAGAAUUGCUUUCAGACUUCCAAGGAGAAUGAAGCCAGGCUAGAAAUCGGAGUGGAUGUGGGAGAGCUGCUCUCCCAGGGAGUAGAAAGAGUCACAGGGUCUCUGUGCUUUCUGUUCCUGUGCAGCGCAGGACAAUGGUUUUGUCUGCUCCAGUUAUAGCCCUGGGGGCUACCUUAGGGACUGCAACUAGCAUCCUUGCCCUCUGCGGUCUCACCUGCUUCUGCAAAUGCAAGCAACCUGGGAAAGGACUCUCCGAAAAGGACCAAGAGGAGGAGAUGGAAAAUACUAAGCCCAGUGUGCUUCAGCCAGUCCAGCAAUUCAACGUCAAGAAAACCGCAGAGCCAGUCCAGCCUCGAGCACUUCUGAAGUUUCCCAACAUUUAUGGCCCCAAACCAGAAGUAACUUCACCUGAAAUUGUUAACUACACACAGUACUCUCUGAAGACCACAGAAGAACCAGCUACCGGAAAACAUACUGCUUUGGAUGAGAAUAGGAUGAAGAUACAAGUCAAUGAAGAGCUGUUUGUUCUCCCUCAAAACGUUCCAGGUGUGGUAAAGGACGUGUGUGUCACAGAGCACCUGAAGCCCGAGCGGGCAGCCAGCUGUAACCAGGCCCCCGAGCUGCACUACUCCCUGGUGUACGACCAACAGCAGGCCGAGCUGCGCGUGGCCCUUCUGGAAGCUCUGCAUGGCAGAAUGAGUGGGGACCAAGAUGCUGGCUGCCAUUGCUACAUACUGGGCACACUGGUGAGCAAGUCUGGUAUUGCUGAGGCCCAGACAGAGCUGAAGAAGAAGGUACUUCACACCCUUUGGGAGGAAGCACUGCGAUUCCCAUUAACAGAGGAGGAGAUGCCAGGAGGGACACUGACUCUCACCCUGAGAAACUGCGACAAGUUCUCCAGGCACAGCAUUGUAGGGGAACUCAAACUGAACCUUGCUGAAGUGGAGGAAUCCUUUGGGAAGGCCCAGUGGGAAAGGCUAAAGAGCCCAGAGAAGGAGCCAUCCACAGGCCAUGGGGAGGUUCUGCUCUCUAUCAGCUACCUGCCAGCAGCUAAUCGCCUGCUGGUGGUGAUUAUUAAGGCCAAAAACCUCCAUUCCAAGCAGCUGAAAGAUCUACUUGGCAGUGAUGUUUCUGUCAAGGUGACACUGAGGCAUCAGUCACUGAAGCUGAAGAAGAAGCAGACCAAACGUGCAAAACACAAGAUCAACCCUGUGUGGAACGAGAUGAUCAUGUUCGAGGUGCCUCAUGAGCUCCUGCGUGCCUCCAGCGUGGAGCUGGAAAUGCUGAGCCAGGAUGGAGCUGGCCAGAGCCAUGUGCUCGGCAAGUGCAAUCUGGGCUUACAUGUCACAGGCACAGAGAGGAACCACUGGGAAGAAAUGCUGAGGAACCCCAGGAAACAGAUAGCCAUGUGGCACCAGCUCCACAUGUAGGCUCACCAUGGUUACUGACAACAAGAUUCCCACCAGGCCUCAGAGGCCGGGGGAAUAAGCUGGAUUUCACCUUCCACCUUCACCUCCACAAAGUUGCUCAGCACAGCACUCUUACUACACCACCCUUCUCUGAUUUUCCCACCCAUUCAAGCCCAGGGAACUGUCUGGAAAACGUAUUUAAAGGACAAUCUCUCACCUAAUCAAGUGGUCGUCUCAAACAAGGGGUUGGCAGCCUGGAUUGUUUGAAUUAAUUUUAUUUGCCUGCCCACACUUCUGAGAGGUCCCUAUUUCUGCAGAGGAGCAGAGGGGAGUGCAGAAGAGCAAAGUUAUCAUGGAAAUGUAAGCCCUUCAUUGGCAUCUAGCACUGUCACCCAAGUCCCUUGAUGAGUGCUGGCUCCAUAACCACAAACACACAACUGUUUUACCAAUUCCUGCUUUUCAUAAUACUCUACAAGACUGAGCAAUGAAGAUCACAGUGCUGUCAUGGCAGGCACAAAGAAUCAGUAUGAAAGAGAGAGGGAAGCCAAAAUGCAGUAAAUGGAUACCCAGAAAAAGAUACAGAACUAAGGGAGGGAGCAGAGGAAGAAGAAAGGGCGAGACAGUCAAUACCCUCAUCCUGUGCAGCCUUUGAAGCAAACACUGCCGAGCAAGAAGUCAAAUACCUUCCUUUACUUUUGUUUCCUGGAGAGUUUGAUACCUUGUAUUUAAGAUUAAUGAAAACUGCUGAAAACACGAAUGUUUCAGGACCCUUUAGCAGAAUCUAAAUGUAUCUUCUAUCUUUCUAUGGUGUCAUCCAGGAAGACCCUAAAUAUGGACAAAAAGUUAUUGUUGAUGUUACCUCCAAAAACUUGGACCAAAUCUUUCUGUUUACUGCCAUCUUUUCUGUUUGGGUUUUUCCCAAGUUUCAAGUAUGCUAAUUAUAUUCCAGGCAACAUCUAAAAUUAGGCAAAACAAGUGGGAUCAUUCCAUACCUUAGCAACUGUUAGAUGGUUUUGGUUUGACAGUUAACUGUUGCACUCAAAUACUCAUACCAGCAUUACUCAAAGGCAACUCUUAUUAACUGCCGUGUAUUUCAUCACUUCCAGACAGAAGGAAUUCACCAACCAGACAGACUCUCCAGGGCUUGUUUUUCCUGUGCACUUUCAAGAUUUGAUGUGGCUUAAAUGUUACUUUUGACUGUCCUUUUUUUUUUGUGUGUCUAGAUGGACUGAAAGUCUGGCGUUGGCAGUGAUGAUGUCAUCACCCCAAUAAGCACAUUGCUUGUCCUACUACAUUUUUUCAAGUAGUAGACACAACUUUAAGGGACUUCCAUGGGGACAAGGCAUCCAAAAAUCUGAAAACAGAACCAUAUAAUCUGUAGCCCUGAAAAUCUCAGAGGACUUCGUAUUUGCAGGGUCAGAUUGCCUCUGGUUUAAAUCAAAAUAUUAAGCUAAGCUUUAUCUAGUAUCCAUCCCACUUUGAUGGUGAAGUCAAAUAAGCCAAGCAGCUUGUCAAGGGAAGGCUGCCAUCCUGUCAGCAAAGGGAAAACACCAGAACCAGUGUCUGAAAACUGGCUGAAGCACCAGGCACAAUGGGUUAUGAACAGGGAAAUGAAGUCCAGCUGGAAGCCAGUAACUAGUGGUGACUGGGGCUAGUCAUGAGACUGACACCACUUAACACCUUCAUAAAUGACCUAGAUAGUGGGGCAGAGCAUGGCCUCGGCAGGUUUGUAGAUGAUGCAAAACUGGGAGUAGUGAUUGAUACACAAGGCAGUUGUGCUGACAUUCAGACAGAUGCUGAGAGGCUGGAGAAGAGAGCUAACAGCAACCUCCUGAAAUUCAACAAUGAGAAGUGGAAAUUCCUGCACCUGAGGAAGAACAAUCCCUUGCAGCAGUCCAGGGGUGAGGGCCAACCAUCUGUAAAGGAGCUUUCCAGAAAAGGACCUGGGUGUCCUGGUGGACACCAAGUUGAACAUGAGCCAGCAGCGUGGUCUUGCAGCAGAGAUGGACAACAGUGCCUUGUGCUGCGUUAAGCAAAGCCAGCAGGUCAAAGGGGGGUGAUUCUUCCUUUCAACUCAGCACUGGUGAGGGCACUUCUGGAGUGCUGUGUCUGCUGCUGGGCUCCUCAGUGAAAAAAAAGAUACGGAGUUUGUGGAAAGAGUGCAGCAAAUGGCCAUGAAAAGGUUGAAGGGACUGGAGCAUCUUCUGUAAGAAGAGAGGUUGAGAGAGCUGGAACUGUUUAUAUCAAUGUGAACCGACACCUGACCUGGGAGAGGACAAAAGAAGAUGGAGACAGAAUCUUUUCACUGGUGUCCAAUGACAGGACAAGAGUCAAGGGCACAAGUUGCAAUGUAGGAAAUUCCAUUUGAACACAUGAAAAAUACCAAGAAAAAACCCCAUUUUUUUACUGUGAGGAUAAUCAAACACUGGAACAAGUUGGCAGGAGAGGAUGUUGGGGGUCCCCAUGCUUGGAGACAGUGAAAAUUUGAUGUGAUACGGUGUGAACAACCUGCUCUAGAUUAUCCCACUUUGAGCAGGGGUGAGUGUGGACAAUUAUGAUCUCCAGAGGCCCUUUCUAUCCUCAGCAAUGAUACGAUUCUGUGAAGAUAUUGACAAGGUUGAUGCACACUGAAAACUGUUAUCUUUACACUACUAUUUCCUUUGUAGGUGGUGUAGACAGGAGUUACAGGAUUAUUUUGAAGAGAGCAAUAAAAUCAGCUUUGAGCAAACAGAGAGACAGAAAAGCUAACUAUGCCCAUGAAUCUUACACCCAAUAUUUUAGUCUCUGAUAUUGAUCUAUUGGCUAGAGGGCAAAAAAGAAAAUUGGUUUCUUGUUUUGCUCUAUGGGGUUUUGUUUACUAACCAAAAGCUGUAGGAUACUGUGAGUAAACUGGACACAGUGGUCUAGUUGAUAGUGAAUUUUUAGUGCUUACUGUGAUCCAGAUUCGCCUGUACAUAUACCUAUAGGUUUGGAAUAAUUAUUUCCAUAUAAGUGCAGAAUUUAUUGGAAUGUUGGCCUAGUCCACAUAUAGGUUUCAGGCAGCACUGUGAUUUUUUGGGGGAUAAUGAUAAGAAGGAUAACUUCACGGUAUGAUGCUAUUUGGCUGGCACUGGAAAGCCUGAAGGGCCAAAUAUUUGCCUUGCUGCCAACUCCUCUAGUUUUGCAUCCUGCUUGUUUCACUGAGCCUUUUAUAACAUCUUGAUGACUGAUUGUAAACAGCAUUAUCUGCCUGUGCCCUGGUGAUUCUGGCACACCCUGUAAUAGAUAUCCGCCCUAUGGCAUUUAAAAGCAUAGAUCCUCAGAAUCUGACUUAGCUAUGGCAAAACAAUGUCCUCUUUUACAGCAGAAAAAUAUGUGUAUACACACUACUUAACCACAAAUCUGUCUUAGGAGCAAAGUGGUGCCAUCAGUGUUAAUGGAUGGCAUUGUUGCCUCCUUUGUUGCAGUGGGAUUUAAAGGGAAAGGGAGAAAGAAUGAAAAUGCAUACAUCUUUCCCGGCUGGAUUAUUCUUGCUGUCUGGCAUUCUAGCCUGGAAAGAAUGCUCCUCGCCAUCAGCACAGCUUGAACAAAGGCUGCUAGGUGUCCCUGGGAGGCGGCAGUCGCUGGCCGGGGCUGACAGCGGGCACGUAAAGGGGACAAGGAAUGCUGUGUACGUGUGGUACCCGAGGGGCAGGGACGCCCAGCCCGGCCUUUUGAACUCUGCUAACAGGAGCUGUGUGUCAUCGCAUUCCAGCGUCUGCCCAGGGUCCUCGUCCCUGCGAACAGCCUGUGCAGCAAUACCUGUGUGUUCCUGAGCCUCAGCACCCCAAGGGCCGAGGUGCUAAUCCGUCCCAGCAGACAGAUGGCUGGGAAUGGUUGUGGCAGGUGACAACGUUAUGAAGAUAAAUCCGAAGUAUUUGGAAAUGCUAUUGUAUCAACCAGCUUCAGCAACUCGAGCUGUCAAAGUACCACUGAAAUGCAAUAAGGAUGGAGCCAGACAGACCCACGGUUUUCAGCUCCUGAGGCUGAAAACGCAGGAGCAUCAGCAAGCACCUCUUUGUAUUAAAUUAAAGGAUUCUGCUUAUAAAUUGCAUCAUAAGAGAAGAAGCAAAAAAAAAUCCAGUUAUGGCAAUUAAUGUUCCUAAGCUAUAUGUGUGACCAAAAGCAGCCACAAGAGUCCCCAGGGGCUAGUCAGUGGCUGGACUGAUUAUUUUGCCUGUUAUAACCAUUAACAUGAAGAAGCUGGAAGCUAAGAUACUGUAGGGAGGAAGGAAAGAGGGAAAAAAAAAAAAAAAGACGGUGUGGGGCAGUCUACCUGGUCAGAAUGAAUGAUCCUUUUCAAUAAAGGCCAGAGUUGUGAGUUUAAGGACAGGGAUUCACAGUCCCUCAUCCAGUGACAAAACCCAAACAACCUGAUUGCUGUAAAAUAGCUUGAGAAAUGCAGUUCCCGUGUUGUACCCAGCUUUGCCUGGGAAAGGUGGUCUCCUGAUGUGGCCUCUGCUCAGAGGAGGGGACUGAGAGGCGGGAGGAAAUGACCUGUGACUAUAUCAAGGAGUUCCUCUGUUAAAAUAUAGGCUGUAGCCAUAUGUUGUUUUGCCUCAACCUGCCCUCAGAGCUAGAUCUUCCUCCCCAAAAAUUAUCUGGUUUGAUUAUAAGCAAUUUGUCCUAGAGUAGAAGGAUUAAUAAGCACAAAUCAUCAAUAGUCACUAAAAUAUAUGGGAUGUUUCAGGCUCAUUACUACCCUCAGCACCCUUCCCCGGUCGUAAGGGGAGUGGUUACAGCUGGUGCCCUGUAAGGGUAACAUUUUUUCAGUGCAGUUUUCUCCUCAGUUGUUGUCCCAAAUAUCCUUGCAUGGUGAUAAGAAACAUGUUUCCUUUGCAAAGAGGUAAGGUAAUACAUGAGAAGAGGUAAUGCAUCAGAAAGUAAUGGAAAAUUCCCUUCAACAGGACUGGGAAAAUUUUCAGGCUUAACUAUUCUCCCAGGUACUGAUGGGCUUUCAAUACCUUGAACAGCUGUACCUUGCAUUUUGCUAGCAUCUGUCAUCAGUAUUAUCUGGCAGUAGCAUUCAAAACCACUCUUUUUUUUUUUUCCCCCCAAAAUGAAGUAGGUUGUAGUUUGGGCUCUAAAAAUACAGCCCAAGGUUUGCCCAAAUUUUCCUGGUAUCUGAGAUGAAUUGACUACAAUGACAUUUAAUAAGAGCUGGAAGCUAAAGUGGCUUGGACCAUGCUUCUUGCACUCUUUUGAAGGUCAUUUUGAUGUCUGAUUGAAUUGAAGGACAGAGCUCUGACAGCAUUUUUAUGUGUUUCAGAAUUUACCUAGGUAUUAAAAUGUAUUCGGUUCAUUUGUUGAAAGAUAAGCAUGAUGAGUAAAUAGUAACACUUGACACUUCAUAUUAUUUCUUCUGUUUUCAAUAGGCACAAGAAUAGUAGCAAAGUGAAACAGUGAUUUGUGGCCUCCAGCAUGAGGGGGCUUUUCUGCUUACUUGGUCCUUUAGUGUCCCCGUGUGUUUAUUGUACAGAGACAGAAAUUGUCAAGACUAUAUUGUUCUCACUAUCCAAAGCACAAAACCAGAGCAUGAUGCUCAGCCAUUGUGUCUAAUAUUACAGCACAACCUGUAAAACACUGCAAGUAAAUAAUUCCAAGCUGUAA